AUGGCAUAUCCCUCUGACGAUGCCUCAAUGGCUAUCAUCUACGUCACCUUGGGUGUUUUCCUCAUUAUCGGUUUGGUGAUCAGCUUCUUCGUUACCAAGACCAAAACAGAUUUCCUGGCAGCCGCAAAGACUGCCAAUAGCGGCGUUAUUAUGUGCAACUUUGCUGCUCAAGGUUUGGGCGCUGGCCUACAACUCACUUACCCAGAAAUUGCAACUUACGGUCUACAGCCACUGAUAACGUACUCUUUGGCUGCCAGUCUACCACUGCUCACUUUCCCACCACUCGCUUCUCAACUUCGAAAGAAAUGUCCGGAGGGUUUUAUCUUGACAGAGUUCAUUAGGGCUAGAUUCGGUGUUCCAGCUGGUCUUUUCUUAUCUACAUUCACUAUUAUCACAUUAUACGUUUUUAUGCUCUCUGAAAUGACUUCCAUUCACUCUGUCAUUCAGUCACUCACUGGAUGGUCUUCAGAAACUCAAAACGUUUGGCUGAUUAUGCCCAUCGUCGUGGAAAUGCUGGUCACCAUGAUGUACACCGCUUGGGGUGGUUUCAAGGUAUCCCUCGUAACUGAUACCAUUCAGGCUUCUUUCUUCAUUAUUCUCGUUGUUGUUUGCACAAUUGCAGUCGCCGUGAAUGUAGAAAUUGACACCGAUUUGAUUCACCAAAGAUCAGAUCUGUUGAAGGAUAGUCAGCUCGGUUGGCAACUGUUGUACAUUCUCCCAGUCGCUGUUGUGUUCAACAACUACUUCUUGUCCAGCUACUGGCAGCGUUGUUACGCCGCCAAAUCUCAGAAAGAUUUGACAAUCGGCUGUAUCCUCGCAGCUUGUCUCAUCUUUUGCUUGACCUUCCUUGUUGGAUUUUCUGGUUUGAUUGCUUCUUGGUCAAACGUAUAUCCAGGUCCCAACAACGUAAACGAAGAUAGCAGCUCAACAGUACUCUUCCUUCUCGUCAACAGGUUUUGUCCAGCGUGGAUAAAUGGGUUGAUGAUGGUCUUGUCUGUUGCUCUCUCAUGUGCAGCGUAUGAUACGCUCCAAACAGCUUUAGUUGCAACAGUUUCAAAUGACAUAUUCAGAAACAAGAUUAACGUUUGGUGGACAAGAUUGAUUUUGAUUGUAAAUGCAGCUGUAAUUGGACCAGUAGCAUCCAACAAAGUAAAUGAUGUCCUCAUUCUUUAUCUCAUUGCUGAUCUGGUGUCCGCUGCUAUUAUGCCGGCAAUGUUACUUGGAUUUACGGACAGAUUAUACUUUCUGAAUGGGUUUGAUGUGAUAAUAGGUGGACUGGGAGGCAUUCUCACCGUAUUCUUAUUCGGCUUGGUUUAUUACAAUGGAGAUGCUUCAUCUGCAGGUGCUUUGCUCAUUAUCAACGAAGGUCUCUAUCCAUCGUACAACAGUUUCGAGGCUUUAGGUACGUUUAUUGCAGCGCCAGUGGGCUCAAUUCUCUGGACAAUUGCUGCAUUUGGAGUUAGGGUAUUGUACAUGUACAUACGCUCCAAGAUAACUGGCGCUGAGUUUUCGGUAUUUGAAAAACCAAAGCCACUGGAUCCUGCUGUUGUUGCUGGAAACGAACAAAUGCUGAGACCAAGCUUGAGUGACAGGGAGGCGGAGAGUGCAAACAACAAUCUCAGGCAUAGAGGUGCAGGGAGGAGGGAGAAUAACUCGGAUAGCAGUGAAGAUGAUAAGAGGUAG